AGCAUCUCACCUACUGCCCCUCUCCCCCCUUGAACUGUAUUUCAGCUGUCACCCUACAGAUCUCUCCAGUCUGGGACACCGUCGGCCACAGCCGGUACAGGUGGUUACCACAGCGACUGAACAGGGUGUUAGUUUGGGGAAAAGAGGCUGGAGGCUCGCAAUGAUGCUUCGGGCCGGCGGUAUUUUGAAGUUGGCAGCGCUCAUCUUUGCGUUCCUCCUGGCUGUCUUUCUGGCUUUCCAGCUGCUGGAGAUCAACACGGAUUUUAAACUGGGCAGUAUGAUGUCCAGAUCGGUGCCAGUGAAUGAAGCCCCAACAAAGCCAGUCAGGUACAAGUGCGGGCUGUCCAAGCCGUGUCCGCCUGGACACUUUGCGUUCAAGAUGGCGAGUGGAGCGGCCAGUGUGGUCGGGCCGAAAAUCUGCCUGGAGGACAAACUACUGAUGAGCAGUGUCAAGAACAACGUGGGGAGAGGAAUCAACAUCGCCCUGGUUAAUGGGAAAUCAGGGGAACUUAUCAAGACAGACUUCUUUGAUAUGUGGGCAGGAGAUGUGGCUCCCUUUAUUAAAUUCCUGAAGGAAAUUGAGGACGGGACAGUGGUGAUGAUGGCCUCGUACGACGAUCCCUCAACGAAGCUCAACGAUGAAGCCAGGAAGCUCAUUGCUGAUCUGGGCAGCUCGGUUAUCAGUAAUUUGGGCUUCAGGGAUAACUGGAUCUUCGUAGGAGGGAAAGGCAUCAAGACCAAGAGUCCGUUUGAGCAGCACAUAAAGAACAGCGCAGACACCAACAAGUUCGAAGGAUGGCCUGAAGUGCUGGAGAUGGAGGGCUGCGUGCCUCAGAGACAGGAGUGACCCGAGCUCUUGACGUCACCGUCUGCCCUUUUUUUUUUUUUUUUUUUCCCCACCCCGUCCUCCCGACAUUUCUGUCCUAAUGACACUCUGUAGUGGUCACGCUUCUCUGGGCUGAGAGAAGGUCAGCUCUCACCUCUAAGCCUUUUCAUUCAGAUUCACCCACCAGAACCAGAAGACGUUCGCAGGGAAGGAGGAUGGAAAACCAGAGUCGUGUUUCUCACUCUGUUCUGUUUCUGUUAACGUAGCUUUGGCCUCGCAACUGGAAUAAGUAGGUAGAGCGCACUGAUGAGAAGGGACUUACUGCCACGCUAUGACACUCUCCACCUGUAACGGCGAAGGAUUAAGCUGUGACGGUGUCGCCUGUUGCACUGCUGUUGCUGGAAAGUGAACGUCAAAAGCUCCAGAUCUUUUUUUUUUUUCUUUUGGGGAGGCUCAGUGUCCAUGAACCCGUUCCCCCUGCCUUAAUCUCCUUAAUUAACCUGCUCAUGUUAUGUUUUUCUACUUUUUUCUUACAACUUUAUUUUUGUUUCCUUCCAGAGUUUAUUUUGAGAAAAAAUUAUUAUUAUUAUUAACAGGGUUUUUGAAGACGAUUCAUGAUAUGAUAACCAAAAUGUACCAGAUUCACUGUGAAAUUCCUUUUGUAAAUACGUGUUUUAGAGGUUCUCAAAGAUCCUAAUUUAAUGAAUAUUAUGAUGAUGAUAAUAUAAUUUCUUAAAAUAAAUGAGACAGAAUGAGAAUCAGUGUGUGGAUUAAAUAUGUUUUUGUCAUA